AUGAACAUCAUUUUAACUACUUUAAAACAUUUUUCUGUAAAUACCGAAGUGGGGAAACCCAGGAAAGAUGUUUCAGAAAUUCUUGCGAGAAAUUGUACAGAAAAUGAAGAAUAUAAUACAUGUGUAACCGGUUGUACAAAAUAUUGUGGAAACAUCUUCGACACAUCAUGUUCGUGGAAGUGCGUUGAAGGUUGUGAAUGCAAAGCUGGUUACGUUAGAAAGUAUAGAGGUUCUAAUGAAUGUAUAUUAGAAAGUCAAUGUUCUACACCAAAAUGUCCACCUAAUCAAAUAUAUAACCCAUGUGGACCUGUUUGUCCUGAUUAUUGUGGAAAACCCGAUGAUAUUGCUUGUUGCUUGUUGCCCUACCUUGCAAUCAAUGCAAGGUAG